CUUCAUUUGUGUCAGUUGCUAGGGUUAGGGUUAGGGUUGUGAGGAGGCGUUGAGAGUUGAGACCUAAGAAGAAGAAGAAGAAAAGAGAUGAAGACGAUUGUAUCUUCAGAUACAAUGGAGAUCCCCGAUGGGGUGAAGAUAAAGGUGCACGCGAAGGUGAUAGAGGUGGAGGGCCCACGCGGAAAGCUCACCCGCAAUUUCAAGCACCUCAACCUCGAUUUCCAGCUUCUGAAGGACGAGACCACAGGGAAGAGGACGCUGAAGAUCGAGGCGUGGUUCGGGUCUAGGAAAACCUCGGCGGCGAUUCGGACCGCACUGAGCCAUGUGGAGAACCUGAUCACCGGUGUGACCAAAGGGUACCGAUACAAAAUGAGAUUUGUGUACGCCCAUUUCCCCAUUAACGCCUCCAUCACCAACUCCAAUCGCUCCAUCGAGAUCCGAAACUUUCUCGGCGAGAAAAAGGUUCGGAAAGUGGAUAUGCUUGAGGGUGUGACAAUUCUUCGAUCUGAGAAGGUGAAGGAUGAGCUCGUUUUGGAUGGAAAUGAUAUCGAGCUUGUUUCACGCUCAGCUGCUCUUAUCAACCAAAAAUGCCACGUCAAGAACAAAGAUAUCCGCAAGUUUCUUGAUGGCAUCUAUGUGAGUGAGAAAGACACAAUUGCUGUGGAAGAUUGAUUAUUACAACCUAGUUGUUUUGUUUUUCAAUAAGCAAUGGAUGUAGUGCUACAUGGUUUUUGGAUUAUCAAAUUUUGGAUUUUUACCUUCUUUGAUUAUGUCAUUCUGCUCUGCUGGAUUUUUAAUUUUUUGCCUUAUUAAUAUGAGUUAGUAUUGGUUGAA